AUGGCUAAUAGACUUAUCAACAAAACCCUUUUCAUAGAAAAGGCUCUUAUCGAUGGCCAAUGGGUUACAGCUCAGUCCCAGGAGCGGUUUGACGUUUUUAAUCCCUCCAACGGCGAGAAACUAGCCACCCUACCCGAAAUGGACAUCGAGGACGUAACACUUGCCACGAAAGCUGCGGCGUCGGCUUUAAGCUCAUGGAAAACCACGCCAGGCAAGACAAGGGGCCAAAUCAUUCGCAAAUGGGCCAAUCUCAUGAACGAAAACGGUGCCGACCUCGCGACCCUCAUGACGCUCGAGAAUGGAAAGCCGUACGCCGAGGCCAAGGGCGAGAUCACAUUUGCGGCAGGCUACUUGGAGUUUUACUCCGGCGAAGCUGAACGCUGUUAUGGUGAAAUAGUGCCCUCUUCCAACUCAUCAAAUCGAGUCUUUGCUAUCAAGCAGCCUAUCGGUGUCGUGGCGUGUCUUGCACCUUGGAAUUUCCCUGCCGCCAUGAUCACAAGGAAAGCAGGAGCCGCGAUCGCUGCCGGAUGUACCACCGUGGUCAAGCCUGCAGGCGAGACCCCAUUGACUGCCCUCGCUAUCGCAUUCCUCGGGGAGCAAGCUGGCCUACCAAAGGGCAUCCUGAAUAUUGUCACAGCGAUGAGGAAGCUCGAGACCGUUGGCAAAGCACUGUGCGAGGACAAGAUCGUCAAAAAGCUCUCCUUCACAGGCUCCACACCAGUCGGCAAGUUGCUGAUGGCACAAUGUGCUUCUUCUCUUAAGAAAUUGUCCAUGGAGCUGGGUGGCAACAGCCCCUUCAUUAUUUUUGAGGACUCUGAUCUCGACCAAGCCGUUGAUAUCCUCAUGAGCGCGAAGAUACGGAAUUCAGGGCAAACCUGCGUUUGCGCGAACAGGAUCUACGUCCAGCGCAGCAUCCAUGACAUUAUUGCCGCCAAGCUCGUCGAGAAAUUCAAGAAUCUCAAAAUUGGCGACGGCUUCCUCGAAGGCGUGACAGUGGGCCCACUAACUUCGAAGAGAGGCGUACAGAAGGCAGCCAGGCACGUGCAAGAAGCCAUCUCAUCCGGCGCAAAACUACUUCACGGCGGCAAUGUAAUCCCGGGACAUGGGAACUUCUUCGAACCCGCAGUACUGACUAGUAUGAACCCGACUAUGCUGUCACACCGUGAAGAAAUUUUUGCUCCGGUCGCAGCACUGUAUCCCUUUGACACGGAAGAAGAUGUCAUCGAAAUGGCAAACAAUAGUGAAGUUGGCCUGGGCUCGUACGUCUGCACGAAAGACGGGGCAAGGCAAUGGAGGGUUGCAGAACAGUUGGAAGCAGGCAUGGUCGGCAUCAACACUGGUGUCCUUUCAGGCGGCGAGAUUCCUUUUGGAGGUUUGAAGCAAAGUGGAUUUGGCUUGGAGGGUGGGAAGUGGGGUGUAGAGGAAUACCUGGUAACGAGAGCAGUCAUCAUGGCGGUUCCAGAUGUGUAG